AAAAGAAUUAACUACCAAGAAUUAACCACUAGUAAUAUUUUGAAUAACGUGCCUCUUCUUCCACAAACAAGCUGUAGUUGGUUAUACAGAGCUUUUCUUCCCCAUAGAAAGCCAAGUCAAUAAGCAUUUACUAAGUGCCUAUCUGUGCCAGGUAUAAUGCUAAAUGCUAGGAAUACAAAGAAAACGGGGAAAGACUUUGCUCUCAAGGGGCUCGUGGUCUAACAAGAGAGGCAAGAUGAAACCAACUACACAAUAAGACAUGUAAAGGAUAAAUCAAGAGAUAAUCAACAAAAUGAAGGCAAAAACAUUAGGGGAGAUUGGGACAGGUUUCUUGUGAAAGAUCUGAUUUUAACCAAGCCUUGAAGGAUUCCAGGGAAGCCAAGAGCAGAGAUGAAAAGGGAGAGAAUUCCAGGCAUAAGAAUAUUGAAAAUAGCUGGUGUCCUGAAAUGAGUUGUCUUCUUUGAGGGACAACAAGGAGGCCAGUGUCACUAGAUUGCAGAAUAUGAGAUAGGAGAAAAGGCAAAGUAUAAACAGACCAAAAAGGUAGGAGAGGACUAGCUUGGGAAAGGCUUUGAAUGCCAAACAGAGAAUUCUGUAUUUGAUCUUCAAGGCAAUAGACAGCCACUGCAUUUUAUUAAAGGGGGUUGACAUAGACUUACACUAUAUAUCACUAACAACUGGGUAGCAGAUGGGCUAAAGUAAACAGACUGUUUCAGUAGUAAGGUUAGGGGUAACAAGGGCCUGUACCAGGAUUAUAGUAGUAUAUUGAAGGAAGGAGGUAUGGGCAGGAGACGUUAGGAAGGUAAAUAGACAAUAUUUAGCCACAAAUUGGAUAUGGAGGGUUGAGAGAGAGUAAGGAAGAUUACAAUGAGGGUUAGAAUAGUGGUACCCCUUGAAGAAGAGAAUGUCUAAGAGGGAAAGAUCCUAAGUUCCAUUCUAGUCUUGAUGACUUUAUGAUGUCAAUAGAACAUCUGUUCAAGAUUCUAAUUCACAGUUGUAGACUGGAGGUCCGGAGAGAGAUUAAGGCUCACUUUCUCAAGAGUUUGGGCCUAGAGCUGAUGGCAGACAAUGUCAACAACUAACAACAUAGCUCAGGCUCGGAAGCUGGUGGAACAGCUCCGCAUCGAGGCUGGAGUGGAGAGGAUCAAGGUCUCCAAAGCCUCCUCCGAGCUCAUGAGUUACUGUGAACAGCACGCCCGGAAUGACCCCUUGCUGGUGGGAGUGCCUGCCUCAGAGAACCCCUUCAAGGACAAAAAGCCUUGUAUCAUUCUAUAGCUCCAUCCUCCUGUGCAUACAGAGCCUCUCUCCCUGGAAGGGCCAUCCCCAUUCAAUGCCGAUCUCAAGCCAAACCUGUCCUAAGUCACAAAAACUCUCGACGGCCAAAACCAUCCCCAGCACCAUUGCGGUCACCCCCACCACCAUGAGGAGGGGCGAACACUAUGCUUUGUGUUCGGGUGGAAAAUCAAAUCCAGUGUACCCACAAGGCGGGGUCAGCCUACCAAUUUGAAGCAGUCUAAAUGUCCUUGAGAGGAAGGGGGUAGGGGCAGGGUUUUGGUUUUUUUUUUUUUUAAGAUACUCUAGUGCCAUUUAAAUAGUGGUUUCAAAAUAAGAGUGGGUGGAGAGACAGGGGGGAGACCUAGGAUGUCUGCCAGUUAUUAGAGAGCCCUCCCAUCAAGGUCAAAGUGAACCUAGAUUGUAAUUCUUCCUAGAUUGGCCUGCCAUUCAGAGACUUGGGUUAGAUUGGCAGGAGUUCAGAGUUAAAGGAAUUGCUCAUUCUUUUAAAAAAGAAACCUACUCUUUCAUUUAAAAAAGAAAAAACAUAUGGAAAUUAUGCAUUGCUAAAAGGGGACCAGGGGAGGAUAUUUUGACAACAGUAUCAUAUAAACGGAUAAUGAAGGCAUGGAUGGGGGAGGGAGAAAGGGAGGGGGAGAGGGAGGCAGAGGGCAUAGGGAAGGGAAGUCAUCCAUGGAUCAGAGCAUGCAUUUCCCAUCUCACAGAACAUAUGGCAUUUGUAUCUUCACCACCACAUUGUGGGCAGCACUCUCUGUAUAGCUCGCCAGCCAUUAAGGGAAUUAGUUGACAGUGGCUUGAACUGGGGAGUGCCCAUCUCCUUGCAUUGCCAAUUUGGGAAGGGUGGGGGGUGGGGGAGGGGUAUUGGGGGGAAGCAUGAAGUAUAGAUGUGGGUAUUUGAAAUCUUUGAUUCCAUCCUAGCUCUUUAAUUUCUGUGUAUUGUUGCCUGAGAGGAGGGCUCAGGAUGAAUCCUUUGGUCUUGUCUUCUGAGAAUUGGGGGUGGGAGUGGGGUCAGAAUUGCUUUUUGCUUCUGAGGAUAAGGGCAUUUGAAAGUUAUUCAUUUGUUGUUGUUAUUGGGUUUUUUUUUAAUUAACUGUAUAGCUUAAUCCUUUUUUUUAAACUCCUGCCCACUUAAGAGAUGAUUCUUUGUCAAAGACACUAAAAUAAGUGCCCCCCAAGGUUCCUCGGUUUCCUUUCUCCAGGAACAAAAUGUGCCCACCUACCCCUUUAAAUCCCAGAAAGAUGGAGCUUAAGUCAAUUCAGUUCAAUCCUACAGCCAAUUAUUAAAUACUACAUGCCAGCUCUUGUACUAAAUGCCAGGUAGAGUUUAAGGCACACACUAAAAUAAAAAGAAAUUGACCCUGUCCUCCUGAAGUUUAAAAUCCUAUAGAGGAGGCAAAACUCUUGCACAAAUAACAGCAACAUAAAUUGGAAUAAAAGAAGCCAAAGGAGACGUUCCUCUCCGGUGCUGGAGUAUCUCAGAGGAUGUUGAGGGAUAGUAAAUGCUGAAUUUUCUUCUGUGGGAAGUCAGGAAAAGCUUCAGGAGGCAGGAGGUUCUGCCUGAGUCAGGCUUUAAAGAAAAGACAGAGGGAUGAUGAAAUAUUGUUAGAGCUAGAAUGCUGAGCUUCCCUGACCCUCGUGGCCAAUGAAGAGAAAUUCUCUUCCUCCUCACUAAGAAUGACCCAACAGGCUAGAAAUACCCAGUGGGGCAACCCCCUUUUACCUUAUUUGCUGCUAUUACUGGCAGCCUAUAACAAAGCAGAGAAAGUCCCUCCUCUGCUGUAUCAUAGAAUUUGGAGUUGAGACUUUAAAGAUAAACUAGUCCAAUUGUCCCAUUUUCAAUUGAGGUCUCCAGAAUCAAGUGACUUUCUACAAGGUCACACAAUGACAGAGCUGGUAUUGAAACCCCGCUUAAGGUUUAUUGUCCACAGUAGUCCUCUGGGAGUUGCAUGUAAACUGAGGGCCUGGGGAAGAAUAGAGUUCAGGGAAGCCUCUCCCUCCCCAUUCAGCAACCAAAUCUCUUUGCUCAGUAGCAAGGCCAUGGCCUCUUAGCCAGACAAAAGCCAGAUUCUAGAUGACUGAAUUCAUAGUAUCAGAUAGAUACUAAGAGACCUUAGAGAUCUUAUUCCUCCAAGUGAUUCCCCUGUCCACAAAACUUAUUACCAAGGGACCUUGACCUUAUCUUGAAACCUAUAAGUAAAAGCAGUGACUCGUCCUCUUUUCCUCACUCAAGUUCCUUCCUCCUGAGCUUUGAUGUUCUAAAGAUGCAGAAUUUGGAGCCAAGAUAGAUUUUAGGAUUUGCUGCUGGAAGGGACCUCCAGAUCAUCUAAUCCAUGUCACAAAAGUUAAAAAUGCGGCUCAGAGAGAUUAAGGAAGUUAAUCCAGUGUCACACAUGUCUGGGAAGUGGCAAAGCCAAGGUUUCAACCCAAGUCUUCUGACUACAAAUUUUCACUGCCUGUGAAAGAGAUUUUACGAAUUUACAGAAAAGCUUGGGUUAAGGCUAAUCUAGUCCAAUCCCCUCAUUUUAUAGAAGAAAUUUGAGGUGGGGAAGGGACUUGCACAAGGUCAUUAAGUGGCAGAACCAAAACUUUAGAAAUCUGCUCUUUCUACAUUGUUAAGGCAAAGAACCUUCCCACUGGGAUAAUUGGGCCAAAUUCCCAGAUGAAUUUACCUAGAACAGCCCUAGGAAUCACGUAGCAAAGAGUACCCAGCUGUCCAGCAGCAUGAUUUCCAAGGGACAACAUUGAGCUGGGAUUUGGGAGAGAAAAUUACAAUCCUAGGCCCCAUUUACUUACUAGCUAGAACAGCCAUUGUGUUGAGUGGAGGGUACCACAAUUUCCCUACCCUUUAUCUGUGAGAUAAAUAAGUGUGACUAGUGCUAACCGGCUUUGGACUCUUGUCCACCCUCCGCUUGAGUGUUCUGGCAGUCCUCUCAGCCAGAGCACCAAACACACCUUCUCCUUGGCCCCUUCCUGCUUUAAGAAAGGGAAAAUCCAAAGGAUCCCUGCUUCAUUCCACUUCAGCUUCAUCAUAGGAUCUCAAGUUGAAAAGGACCCUAAUGUUCAUUGAAUCUAAACCUUUCAUGUUAUUUAGAUAAGGAAACUGCAGUCCAGUGAAAAAGAUGAUUUGCCCAAGAUUAUUGAGAGUCUGGAUUCAGACCAGUCCUCUGAUGUUAAAUCUAAGGUUUUUAAGAACCUUAAGGUGUCUGGGUCCCAGUGGUCCCAAGGACCAUUUUUAGGGAUAUUUAAAAGACUUAAUGGUGGCAAAUACUGCAUGCUCUUUUAACUGCCAGCUGAGUGUGAGACUAUUUACAAGAUGACUCACCUUCCCCUCCGUUACUAGUUUAGGAACUUCCCAGAUCAUAUCCUUCAGGCCACAAACCCGUCCUUAGGGCCCCCUCAAGGUCUAGCCUUUAAGAGUGCCAGAACACAGGCCAAGGAUAAGGAAAAGAUGACUGAAGAAAAAGGGUAAGUCAAGUCCUCCAGGAUCUACAGCUGGAGAGGGGACAUUUGUCAGAAAUACAGCUUGUGAAGACCCCCAUCUCCCCAUAUAUUCCAAAGAUGGCUCCGUAGAUCUGUCUUUAAUUCCUCCAUCUUAGUAGCACUGUGAAACUUUAGAAAUAAAAAAAUGAGACUUCCCCUCUGUCUGGCCUUGAAAAAAGCAAAAUAAGUGCUGAGUAUGUUUCUCUGGUAGAAACUUUAAAUAUCAUCAAAUCCAAACCCUCUUGUUUUGCUUGAAGGGAAAUUGAGGCCUGAAAAAGGAAUAUAAUUUGUCCAAGAUCUCACAAGCAGUUAGUGGCAAAUCUAAAACUAGGACCUAGAGGGUCAGGCUCUUUCAGCAAAAGUCCUAGAUCACUUGCACCCUCCUCCCUGAAGCACUGGCUCAUCCCAGAUAUUCAGCUCUGCUAUGGACCUGGCUGGGCAUUUACAUACAGGUUUCUGGGCCAUAGGUGAGACCUUCUCUCUAGAUCCUUUUGAUUUCUCAGUAUUGCAGUAGAUCUUGUUUACCUUCCUCCAGAAAAUACAUUUUGUUUUGCCAACUCUCAGGGCACUGCCCCCACUUUUUCUCCUGCCCAGGAGUGGGCAGCUGUGCCAAAUCUGAAAGGGAAUCCCUUCAUAGCAGAGCCCUGGCUAAUAGCUGACCUCUGUCCAAGUGCCAGUGACAUCAUCCUGAUUAUCCAGGAGAUGAAACCUAACCAGUUAAUUUACAAUGAGGGGGUUGGACUAGAUAAUCUAAGGGCCCUUCCAGCUCUUUUAUAAUCUUAGAAUGCAAUUCUGAGGGACCUUGGCAGAAAAAAAAUAUAUAUAUCCAAAAGUUGUCAUGAGCCAGGCUUUAGCCUCAAGAAAUUGUGAUAGCUUAUGGACACCAUUCAGUUCAAAUCUAGCUUCUCUUGGGCUCCCACAUUCCUGACCUGCCCCUAUUUGUGCUCUGCCUAUUUUGCUCCAAUAUUCCUAGAUAUAGAGGAGAAAGCAGGUCAGGCUUUGGAGAAGGACAGAGUCCGACAGCCUCCCUGGGAACUUUUGGCAAGUGAAUGCCAGCCACCCCACUAAAAAUAAAGGACUCAAUUUCCCUAAGAUGAGUUUAUUUCUCCUAGAGAAGAAAUUAGUCUCAUGAUGACACUAGGCAGAGUACAGAGGUAGCCUAGGUAUCCAUGGAGACCCGGUUUCUAUUCUCCAAAUAGCCAAAUACCAAUAUUUAGAUGCCAAUAUUAAAACAACCAAUUAAGCUCCUGUAGUAUACAGAGUGUUGUGUUCUAGACUGGAAGCACAAUUUGGAUGAGAUGUAGUCACUGUCCUUGCAGAGUGAGUAUUUGUCUGCUUUUAUGAGUUCUUCUAGAGGAGUAAUCAGAGCUGGGAAGACUAAGCAGUUUUUGUCUCUGACAAACCUGCUCCACACUCUUAGCUUCACAUCCUACUUUCUCCACUGACUUUUCCUUCCCUGGCUUCUUGGAUGCUGCCCUAUGAGUCUGCAGCUGCCCUUUCCCACCUCUCAUCCAGGUCAGAAAUCCUCCUUAGAGAUUGCUUGCUCAGCCUCUCCAUAACUAGAUGAUGAAAUGGGAUCCCAAAGUCAGUGGGAGAACUAAGACUCCCUCAUGGGUCUCCAGCCUCUCAGCCCAUGAUAGGGGGCACUUCAUAGUAUUUUGUUACCCAUCUUCUCCUCCAGUAACCCUUCCCUCUUUGUUAGCUGCUUCUCCCUCAUCCCCUGUGCCCACUAUCAGGCCUGGGGUGGGGAGAGGCGAGUUGAGGAAAGUCAGGGAGUCAUGGCGCCUGUGCUCAAACCUGGAGGAGACAAGAAGGUGGUCACUCACUUUCUACAAAGAAAAAUCGUCGAUUUUUAUUCUUCUCUUAACAAUGUUCAUACAGUAGAUGAGAUGUUUUUGUUUAGGAUAAACAUAAAUACAAAUAACAGUUACUGCUUGUACUUUUCUGUCUGUGCAUUUGCCAAAAAGAAAAAUACUUUCUUUAGGACUUUUAAGUGCUCUCUACAAGGCAAGGAGGUAGCUUCUCUCCUGCUUCCAGUGGCAGUGGCAGCAGGUGGCCUAGGCCAAGCCCGAACCUUGGGACUAUUUGAGAGCAGCCAGCCAGCUUCUGAAGGUGUUAGCAAGAAUUGGGAAAAAGGAACUGAAAGCAGGGCAUGGAAAUGGGAAAUGGAAUUUCCAUUGCAUCUGCAAAGCCAUUCACUUUUUUCCGUGGCUAGAGAGGAUGGAGGGGCCCUGGAGCACUAGGAUUUCCACCUGCCCUGGCCUAAACAGGCUCUCACCCAGACCCACCUGGGAACCUGCAGAAAGGUUAAUCCCAUGUGAUUGUAGGGUGAUGUAAUCUCUCCUCCUCAAGAUGGCCUGGCCUAGAGUGAGAUUGCCGCCAACUCCCCUCCCCCAACCAGCAACCCCUGAGCCGAAGAAUGCCCCUGGGUCAUGACCUUUGACUCCAGGGAUGGAAGCUUCUGAGGCCUGCUCUGCAGCAGAAGGGGCUGCCUUUUGUCCUUCAGUCCCAAAGUCCUCAGAAAUGGGGCCUCCAGGCAACUCCUCCAUCUCCUUCACAGCCUAAUUCCCCGGGCCCUUGCCUUCUGGAAGGCCAGACUGGCCGAGCUCAGCCCCUGAGGAGUUUCCAAACUAGGUAAACACACCGUGGCUCCCCCUCAAGGAGCACUUGGCCAGGAAGUGGACAGAGCAUUUAACUCCCUGAGAAGAUGUGUGGAACAUUUUCCUUUCUUCUUUCUUUGCCAACUGAUACCAUUGCCAAACACCCAUGGAGUUUAAGGGAGACGGUUUCAGGAAGUGUUCUCGAGGGCUAGCAAGGCGCCCAGCUGCCCUGGGAACACGCCGAGUUAGAGGGGGACUCCAGGUGUGCCAUCAGCUACUCUCGCACAGUGUUGACUGUUUUGUGGAACUGUUGUUACAAAGUGAAUUGAUACCACAAUAAAAACAAAAAAAGGCUUACUUUUCACUUUCCUGUA